AUGUAUGCCUCAGCUAUGCGCGGUGGCCGUCGGCCCAUCGUGCAGCGCUUCGACGAGUAUUAUCGGUGCUACCCCAUGAUCAUGGUACCAGGAGCUGAGCGACCCGAACUUAACCACGGAUCCAAGAUCAUUCUUCCCCCUUCCGCACUCGAGAAGGUCUCCAAGCUGCAUGUGCAGUGGCCUCUACUUAUGGAGCUCAUUAAUGGGGAGAACGACAAGCACACGCACUCGGGUGUCUUGGAGUUCGUCGCCGAGGAGGGCAGGGCCUACCUUCCACAGUGGAUGAUGCAGACGCUGCAACUCGAUGUCGGUGACAUGAUCCAGAUCAAGUCCACGUCGUUGGAGCUGGCCCGGAUGGUCAAGCUGCAACCGCAGUCCACCAAGUUCCUCGACAUCAGUGACCCUCGUGCCGUGCUUGAGAAGGCAUUCCGAAAUUUCGCCACCCUCACCAAGGGUGAUGUGUUCAGUUUUGAAUACAACGACGAUGUCUACGAGAUGGCGGUCCUCGACGUCAAGCCCGAGACCACCAAGAUGGGUGUCAGCAUGAUCGAGACGGACGUUUCAGUAGACUUCGCUGCCCCUGUUGGCUAUGUAGAGCCGGAAAGGCAGGCUAAGGGAAGUGGAACCAGCACCCCACGGAGUACCCGUGGCGGUGGUCUUCCUGCCGGUGGCUUGUUGCACAGCCAGGGCGGCAUGGCACAGGCCAUCAACUACGAUGCUAUUGCCCCCGGCUCUGCCAGGUCAGCAGCGACCAACUUCUUGGGAGAGGGCAACAAAAUCGGCAAAAAGGGUAGUAAGGAUGGCACGCCUGUCAAAUCAUCGACACCGGUGGCCGGCGUGUCGACCAACGCAAAAACCAGCGGCACAAGUCAGGAUCCCAUCCCUCGUCGCCGCACCAACGGGCCUUUGCCUCUUCGUUUACCUGCCAACAAGCUUUUCUUCGGCUACGAGAUCAAGCCCGUGAAAACUGAUGCACAAAAGGAGGAGGAAAAGGAGAGCGCGAAGAGGCCACACUUUGCCGGCCAAGGACAAACGCUACGUGGUGGAGUUGCUAAGCGCAAGGGCGAUGAAAAUGAGCAGUCCCCGGCGCCGGAAAAGCGGCCGAGCGAGGGAAGAAGACUUGAUGGGAAGACCUGA